CUCCUACGGAACAACUCGCUGCCUUUUGUGAGUCCAUAGGGUGGGGGGGACUUUGUCGGUAAAGAAACAGGGGUCUGGUCUUAUACACAGUCUGUGGAAUUGGAGCGUUCACACUCUUUGGGAGCAAAAUUGGCACUUUCGAUAUGGGUGGUCUGUAAUGGCCACUUACCACGUUGUGCCUACAGGAGGAUUAGAGGAUUGCGUAUUGUGUUAAUCGUGUUUUGGUGGGGUUAUAAUGCCCCAUGGUAACAGUUCCCAAGAUACACAACCCCAGCCCCCCAAGCCCACCUCAGGAAAUGAUGGGGAUCAACAAAGAAGUCAAAAGGCUACUCCUCAAUCGCCUGCUCCAACAUUUGCACCAGCAGUCAGUUCACCCGGACCUCAGUCACCCGGUUACCAAAUACAACAACUAAUAAUGAGCCGGAAUCCAGUGCCUGGUCAGAAUGUAAAUAUCACAUUACAGAAUGUGGGGCCGGUGGUGGCAGGAAAUCAGCAGAUAACUCUUACUCCACUGCCUCUCCCUAAUCCUGCAUCCCCAGGGUUCCAAUUCAGCUCCCAAACAAGAAGGUUUGAGCAUGGCUCUCCGUCCUAUAUCCAGGUUACCUCCCCUAUAUCUCAACAGGUCCAGACCCAAAGCCCUACUCAACCCACCGCUGUGCCAAUUCAAGCAUUACAAGGUGUUAGGGCAACAACUGCUGGAACCAGUUUGGGAAUGUGCAGCCAAAGCCCCACACGUGGAUUUGUAGAUGCUGGUUUGAUUGUUAGGCAGCUCAGUCUUGGUCCUUCCGCUUCCGGACACUUUGUAUUUCAGGAGGGAACCGGAAUUACCCAGAUUGCACAGGGGGCACAAGUACAUCUUCCUUCUGGAACUUCCACGCCUAUCCAAGCACGUACUCUGUUACACUCCAAUUCACAGACUGUUGGCUCUGUACAGUUUGGAUCACAGAGCCCCGUGACAACUGGAGCAAGCCACAUAACAACUACCAAUCUACCCCCACAGAUAAGCAGUAUUAUCCAAGGUCAGUUAAUCCAGCAGCAGCAGGUGCUUCAUAGCCAACAGCUAGGCAGGACUAUCAGCUUUGAUAGGACUUCUGGAGGCAUGAUAGCUGGAGUGGCUGGGACCUCAACAUUUGGGAUAGCCUCACAACCUGCUCCAACAAGUCCAUCGCGAGCAGCUGGACCAGCGCCCUCUAGUCUUCCUCUUGCCUCAAUUGUAAAAAAGCAAAGUAAAAAACUUGAGGAGAUUCCUCCAGCAACCCAGGAAGAUGCUCGAAUGAGGAAGCAAUGUUUGGAUCAUCACCAUAAAACAUUGAAGGCCCUGAAGGAGAACUUCAAAGACUAUAUGAUUGAACUAUUCUUUCUACAAUACUUUCAAGGGAACAUGAUGGAUUUUUUGGCUUUCAAAAAGAAACCUACUAUACAGCUACAGAACUAUCUCAGGCAAAAUGACUUGGAUGCAGAAGUAGAAGAGGAAGAAGGGGACAAGAGCUCUCUUCAUCUUACUCAGACUCAAGAUCCUCCUGAAAGUCCAGUGUCAGAGAAUACUAUUUCCAUGGAAACCCAAGCCUCCAGUAUGCAAAGGGAAACUCCUAUUGAUGCAGCUCUAAAGCCAUUGCAGGAUUCAAGCGAAUCUACUUCCCAUCAUCUAAAAGUGACACUUGGAAUUCCUCAGACCCCACCAACACAGAGUAAAACUGUUGGCAUGCCUUCCUCUGAGACAACAGUGGCUCCUCCAAAUCACAGGCAAAGCGACCCCACCAAGGUUUCUACAAUGCCUAAUUCAACCAGCCUGCAUUCUCCGAGCAGAACACAGUCCCAGAAAAUGCCCAUUACUUUUGUCCCCAACACUUUGCAUCCUACGCAGCAGCAGCAGCCACCAGUCACGGACGCUCAAAUCAAGGGAAAAACACAAACUUCCAGCAUUCCUGUUGCACAAUCUGCUCAAAACCAAAUGUCUCAGCAGUCUCAGGUCAUGAUGCUUGACCAGCCUUUAAAACCCCAACAGGGUUCGGAUCCUGCGUCUUUGUAUGCUGCUCCUUCGUCACCUGCUACGCCAGCCAGCGCUUCAGACUCUAUACCCCCUGCUGUCUCUCCUAAAAGGAUAUUAUCCCCUGGUGCCAGCAGGUCACCUCGCUCUACAGAAUCUCAACCUCAGGACAAUAUGGCACUGAUUUCAGAGGAUGUCCAACAAGAAGUCCCUGUGCCUAAACCACUAGAGCAGGAGAGUCACAUCCAUCAACGCAUCGCAGAGUUAAGGAAGGAAGGUUUAUGGUCCCUGAGGAGGCUGCCCAAACUGCAGGAAGCCUCCAGACCAAAAUCUCACUGGGAUUACCUGCUGGAAGAGAUGCAAUGGAUGGCUGCAGACUUUGCCCAGGAGAGGAUGUGGAAAGUUGCCAGUGCUAAGAAGCUGGUCAGGACCGCUGCACGAUAUUGGCAGGAGAAACAACAGAAUGAUGCUAGAGCCAAGAAGGAGAAUGAAGAGCGACUGAGACGUAUUGCAUGGUUUGCAGCUCGAGAAAUACAGCAUUUUUGGUACAACAUUGAACAAGUGGUGGAGAUAAAGCUACAGGUGGACUUGCAGACAAAGAGGAAGAAAGUCUUCUGCACCCAGAGAGGAACACUGAAAGGUGAAGACAAGGCAGAAAUAUUGGUGAAAGGUGAUGAAAGUUCGGGCCCUUCUAGUUCGCAAACCAUCAAAAAAGCAGACACACCUAAAGCUGAAAAUGAUGAUGGUGUACAGAAGCAACUGGUUUUGAUUGAUUCCCUACUCAACAUCGAAGGUGGUGUUAAUAUGGAACAACGGAAGAACAGCCGAGACAUUGCAGAGGUGGCAGCUGCUGCAGAACUCUUACUGCCCAGGGGCAGCUCGCGUAUCACAUGCACAGUGAAAUCAAGCCCUCCACCCCUCCUUCAUGGAAGCCUUCGAGAGUAUCAGCAGAUUGGGUUAGAUUGGUUAGCAAAGCAAUUCAAGAAGAACCUUAAUGGGAUUCUAGCUGAUGAAACUGGGCUUGGGAAGAAUGUACAGGUUAUUGCUCUAAUGGCUCAUCUUGCCAGCAAAGAAGGAGUUUGGGGUCCACACUUGAUUGUUGUGCGCAGCUGCAAGCUACUUAAGUGGGAGCUGGAGUUCAAACGUUGGUGUCCAGCUCUGAAGCUUCUCCUGUAUUUUGGAAGCCAAAGAGAACUCAGGCGAAAGCGACAGAAAUGGGAUGAGCCAAAUUACUUCAAUGUCUGCAUCACCUCCUACAAGCAGCUGUUCAAAGGCCACAAAGCAUUCAUGAAGAUGAGGUGGAAGUACUUAGUCAUGGAUGAAGUCCACCAGAUCAAAAACAUGACCGAGAAACAUUGGGAAGCCAUCUUUAAGCUCCCAAGCCAGCGGAGACUUCUUCUCAGGGACACCCCUUUGCCACACACAUGGAAAGAGUUGUGGACCAUGGUACACUUCCUUAUUCCAGGCUUGUCCCGGCCAUACCUGGAUUUCCCCGUGAAAGAAAACCGCGACCAGGACCAAGAAUACAAACAUACUAUUUCUAUAAGACUACACAGGACAGCACAGCCAUUUAUAUUGCGGCGGUCCAAGAGAGAUGUAGAAAGACAGCUGACUAAGAAAUCUGAACAUGUGUUGAAGUGUCAGCUUUCAAACCGUCAGAGGACCUUGUAUGAGGAUGUUAUGAUGCAACCCGGGACUCAGGAUGCUCUGAAAGGAGGUCAUUUUGUUAGUGUAUUACAUGUCUUGAUGCAAUUGCAGAAAAUUUGCAACCAUCCUGAAUUAGUGGAUCCACGUCCUGAGCGUUCCUCAUAUGUGUGCGAAGCUCUAAAGUAUCAGACUGCUUCUCUCAUACUAAGAGCACUGGAGUAUGAUCCCUGGAAGAAUGCUGACCUAUCUAUGUUUGAUUUUCUUGGGAUGGAAAAUAAAAUGACACGUUAUGAGGCCCAAGUCCUCCCUAAACAAAAAGUGUCCAGGAAACUGAUUCAGGAAAUCUACAGCUCACCUGAUCCUGCUCCUAGGCCCAGCAAGGUCCAAUUAAAACCCAGCAGGUUGUUUGAGCCUGUUUUAUAUGGCCAGAAACCAGAAGGGCGAAUGGUCGCUUUCCCAAGUUCUCCAGCAACGCGCACUGUGACCACAACAACAUCCACCGGAACACAGCAGGGACAAGUCAAGCGGUCACAAGCCACCACACCUGCUGCACCGCAAGGGACCAAAGUGCCUUCCACCACACAAGUCCAAAUAGGAGGUAGCAGACCUCCAGCCACCUUCACCACAGCUGCUCCAGUGAGACAAAUGAAUCAGCCACAUUCCCAGACUCCUCUACAUGCGGUCCAGCCGAAUGUUCCAUCUCAAAGGCUGGUGCUCAGCUCACAGGCUCGGCUUCCAAGUGGUGAGGUGGUAAAAAUAGCCCAGCUGGCAGCUGGUGGUGGAACCCAGGGGCGUAUAGCACAGCCUGAGACGCCGGUUACCCUGCAGUUCCAGGGGAACAAAUUCACCUUGUCCCAGAGCCAGCUGCGUCAGCUCACGGCAGGACAGCCACUGCAGCUGCAAGGUAACGUUUUGCAGAUUGUUUCUGCUCCAGGACAGUACCUUCGCCCACAAGGCUCCAUUGUUCUUCCGACCAUGCCGCAGGGUACAGCUGCCAAUGCAGUGAGAAGCCAACAAGUCGCAGCCCCUAACUCUAGUGCAGCGCCGCCAGCAGCUGCUAUGGCAGGGAAGAACACGCAAACUCCCACUGCAGCAGCAGAUCAAGGGACAAAACCUGCUUCCAAUAUGACUGGCACUGCUCAGGAGUCAACAGAAGAUAAGCUACGAAUUGUGAAGGAACGCCUGGACAGUAUUUUUGCCUAUAACGAACUACGCUGUGCAAGGGCUCCGUUGUAUGGAGCCGAUUUGCUAUCAUUAUGCACCCUGAAUGCUACUGCUCCUCGAGUUCCAAAUGGAAAGAGACACUGGAGCUGGUCUGGUUCUGUGAACUGUCGAGCGUCGUCCUGCUCUCCAGAGGGCUCCAGUGAUCCACUGAGACACCUCAUCUUAUCUCCCAGCCAGCAGAAAGCUGCCUUGGAGUCUCUCGCUAAGAGAUCACUGUGUGUGGUUCCAGCUGCAGUCUCUGCUCCUCCAGCUAUGAUGGUCCCGCAUCCUCCUCCUUCCUACACCCACAAUAUCAAGCUUUUGAGUCAGAGUCUCAAGGAGCAGGUGGCCCCAUCUAUCCGGGACCUGCGGGAGAGAACAUCCCCUUACUGCGUGCAAUUCCCUGAUGUACGACUAGUGCAGCUAGAUUCGGGGAAGCUUGAAGCUUUGGUAAUCCUCCUCAAGAAACUGAAGUCCGAGGGCCGACGCAUUCUCCUUUUCUCCCAGAUGCUGCACAUGCUGGAUAUAUUGGAGGUCUUCCUGGACUUUCACUCCAUUACUUUCCUUCGAAUGGAUGAGAAUGCCAACUCUGACCAAUGCCAGGACCUGAUAAAGAGUUAUAACAGAGACCCACGAAUCUUCUGCAUGGUGCUCUCCACUCAUGUCUAUGCUAUGUCUGUACCUCACAUAGAAGCAGAUACAGUGAUUUUCUAUGACAGUGAUUUAAACCCUGUGGUGGAUGGAAAAACACAAUCUUGGUGUGACCUCAUAGGAAGGUCAAAAGAUAUUCAUGUAUACAGACUGGUGACUGCAAACUCGGUAGAAGAGAAACUUUUAAGGAACGGCACCAAGGACCUUAUCAGAGAAGUAGCUGCUCAGGGUAGUGACUAUACCUUGGCUUUCUUAACACAGCAAACUAUCCAGGAAUUAUUUGAAGUAUGUUCUCCUUUGGAAGAUUCUGGGUUCCGGGUUAAAGCUGAAGAGUUUGUGCUGCUCUCCCAAGAACCAUCCCCUUCUGAUACAAUAACGGCCAAGACUGCAAAACCAUUUGUGGAAGCCUUAGGUAGAAUAGAGCGUGGGACAGAGGAAGCUGCAGAACAUAUCCAGGAAGAUGGUCCCCAACCUAAUGCUGGUAUCUGCCCAUCAGAUGACUGUGAGCUGAAUGAUAACCUUGAGUCUUCCCAUUUACAAGAGCUGGCUGACCUUAUGAAGCAGCUAACUCCAAUAGAGAAGUAUGCUCUGCAUUAUCUGGAACUGUCCCAUAUCAGAAACAGUGAUGUCCACCUGGGGUAUAUUGAGGAGCAACUGAAGGCAGCUACGCAGCAAUGGGACUCACAGCACCUUCGAGGACUUAAAGAACGAGAAAAAAAGAUGGAAUAUGAGACAGAGGAAAAUGAAGAGUUACUGACCUAUACUCGCGAGGAUGCAUACAACAUGGACUUUAUUUAUGAUGGGCCGGAUGGGCAGACGGAAAUAAUGCCGGUCUGGACCCCACCAACCCCACCACAAGAUGAAAAUGACAUUUACAUUGAUUCUGUUAUGUGUUUGAUGUAUGAUACUAGCCCCAUACCCGAGUCCAAACUUCCCCCAGUGUAUGUCAGAAAGGAGCGAAAACGACACAGGACAGAUCCGGCGGCUGCAGGGCGGAAAAAGAAACUACGCCAUGGAGAAUCUGUGGCACCUCCCCGCUCCCUCUUUGACAGAGCCGCACCUAACCCACUUAAAGUGCGCAAAGAAGGCAAGGAGCAGAAAAAGAACAUCCUUCUGAAGCAGCAAACUCAGUUUGCCAAACCUCUACCAACACUGAUUAAGCCUGUUAUGGAAACUGGUCCUGAUAACCCGGAAUGGCUGAUAAGUGAGGACUGGGCUCUGUUGCAGGCUGUGAAGCAACUCCUGGAGCUACCGCUGAACCUUGCAGUCGUAUCGCCGGCUCAUACGCCUAACUGGGAUCUGGUGAGCGACGUGGUGAACUCUUGUAGCCGGAUCUACCGAUCGUCCAAGCAGUGUAAAAGUCGUUAUGAAAAUGUCAUUAUUCCAAGAGAGGAAGGAAAGUUGCUGUAUGACGCCAGCCCAAAGAAGAAAUCUGAAAACCCUUUUAAGAAUAAGCCUCUCCGGACUAGUCAGAUUUAUACACAAGAUGAAGGAAUGUCCCAUAGCCAGUUAUUCACCACCCGCUUCGAACUGAUGAAAAUGACGGCUGGAAAGCGAAGUCCACCCAUCAAACCACUUCUUGGCAUGAAUCCAUUCCAGAAGAACCCCAAGCAUGCAUCGGUUCUAGCUGAAAGUGGCAUCAACUAUGACAAACCCCUGCCCCCUAUCCAGGUGGCUUCCCUUCGAGCAGACCGAAUCGCCAAGGAAAAGAAGGCUUUGGUUGACCAGGUUCGUGCCCAGCAGCAAUCUGGCCCAGUAACCCAGCAACCUCAGCAAAAUGGACAACAACCAGCGCAAUCAACAUCUGUGCAGCCCGCACAAGUUCAGGCCCAGACCCCAGCGGGAACACAGCAGCAGGUCGUGGUACAGCAGCAACCAGCCACCAAGGGGCCCAACAUAGUCACAACCACCAUGCCCAACCCUCCACUCCUGCAGACUAACACUAUCAAGACUGCAGUGCCUGGGACUAGCAUAUCUACAGGGACUGUCAGCGGGAAUAUGAUUGUAAACACGGUGUCCGGGGUGACUCCCGCAACCUUUCAGCCAAUUAACAAGCGCCUGGUGUCUCCAGUUGUAACUGGUACAGUUUCAACUGCUGGAACAGCUACAACACAAAUUGUGCAGCAGAGGACGGCGGGGCCACCAAGUGCACCCACUGAGAUCGUCACCAUAGCGACCAGUCAAGGGGUCCGUGCGGUUACACCGGUAACUGGAGGGACCGUCGUCUCAACCAAUCUUGCUUCUGUCCCAAGCCAGGCCAGAGCAAUAGUGACACAGGUGACGACAGCAUCCACUGGUGGGGUUCAGCUGGCGGGUAAAACCAUAACCCCAGCCCAGUUCCAGCUGCUCAGGCAACAGACAGCCCAAGUACAGGUUCCUCAGAUCCAGGCACAAACACAGUCUCCAGGGCAGUUAAAGGCAGUGACUAAGAUCUCAUCAGAGCACUUACUGAAGUUACAGAAAUCGAAGGUUCAAACAGGAGCUCUGACGGGCACCACAGCACAAGUACAGGUCCAGCCGCAGCAAGCUCAGCAACUUGCGACUGUUACAGCAUCCCGCGCGGGAGCUGUCCUUGCUGGCACAACAAUGACAAAUCUUCAAGUGGCUCGGCUGCUGCAAGCUCAAGGACAGAUCCAAGCUCAGCCAGGGCAAACUGCACAAGUAGCCCUGGCAAAGCCGCCGGUGGUGUCAGCUGUGGUCUCUUCUGGAGGAGUUACCACUCUGCCAGUUACUGUAGCUGGGAUCAGUGUUUCUAUCAACCAGCCACAGAAAGUAGCAGGUGGACAGACGGUUAUGGCACAGCCAUUGCAUGUACAGCCGCUGCUUAAACUGAAACAACAUCAUACUACCCAGUCUCAACAGCAGCAGAAAACUCUCCAAACCCAGGCUACUCUGGGGCAACAAAAGCCUUACCUUUCCCUUCAGAUAACCACACCACAGGUUUCCUCUGCAUCUCAGCAGCAAAAGGUCACCUAUACCAACCAGCCAGCUAUUAAAACACAGUUCUUAACAACAUCCUUAAGCCAGGCACAGAAGGCAGCUGCGACUCAGCAAGUGCAAGCUCAGAUACAGGUUGCAAAACUUCCUCAGGUGGUCCAGCAGCAAGCAACAAUAGCAACACUCCAGCAAGUGGUGUCUGCCUCUCAGCAGGUUCAGCCACAAACUGUCACCUUGACUCAAGCAACGGCUGCAGGACAACAGCAGGUUCAGGUGAUACCGGCCGGUUCAGCAGCAGCCCAAGUUGUCCAUCAGAAGCUGCUCCAGCAGCAAGUGUUGGCGGCGGCAGCAGCGGCUUCUCCACAGAUCCAGGCCCCUGUCGGUCAGAGUCCAGCACAAGCAUCGGGCACCCCAGAUGCACAAAGUCAGCAGGCGAAGCUGCAAGUCCGACCUCCAACUGUCAGGAUCAAAGCUCCCACUAAACCCAGCUGAGACAUGUGGAUUAAGUUGAUAACUGAGACCAAACAAUAGUAGUUACAAAUGUAAUGUCUAGUUCUGUUUCGCGUAACUCAUUCUGUACUAGAGGGAACUUUCCACUCUUACAUUACCAUAUUUCAAUGAUGCUAUUACAGACAGUUUACUUCAGGGAAUACUGGUUUUAUCACCGGUUAGUAAAAUAUGGGCCCAUGAUUAUCAGACCAGUAAGAAACUGCUUUCAGUAGUUCAUGCGAUCAUGUUCCAGUCCCGUGAAAGUCUUCAAAUUCUGACCAUUCACCAUUAUUCCCAUACUUACGGAAUUGCAUUGAAUUUCUACAAUCUUAAGAUUCUUGGUUAUAAGGAUCAUAUAUUUUCCUUGUCUUCUGUCUCUAGAAGCUGAAAGUUUAGUUAGUAAUGGCAAAAUAUACCUUACAAAUAUACUCUUUAUAUAUAUAUAUAUAUAUAUGGACAAAGAUUCACUGUAAUUACAUUAGCACAAAUCAACAUUGUAUGCAAGAGGACUCUGUGAUCAUUUUUUUUUUAUCUUUCUACAUUAAAUAUAUUGGGAUUAAGUGUAUGCUCAUGUACACGUAUAAUUCACAAAUGCAAUGAUUGAGUUCCAUCCUUGGUGAUCACAGAGAGGAAAAAGCCAUAGUUGGAAAAUCAAGUUUCACAUCCGUGGCCUUUCUUGGGUGCAGAUACUAAUGUCAAAGAAACUGCUAGGCACCACCAAUGAGGCGGAAUUGCUUCAGAAUCAGGUUGAAAAGGACAAUACAGUGUAUACAUUGGACAUGUUGACUAUUUUUAUACAGAUAUGGACAUUUCUGCAAUUAAACAACUUUUUUUUUUUUAAAUAAGAGAAAGACGUAAGUCAUUAUUAAAUAUUUUAUUGCUGGCAUGGGGAAGUAACUCAUUGCUCCUGGGAGGUGAAAUUUGUGAUAUUUUCUUUAUUUGGUUACCUUUUGCUGUUUUUAUGUUUAUUGCACAGUUUAUUGGAUAGUUAAUUUUUUACUAAAUGUAAAUUAUGAUGUUUUUUAUUAUUACCAGUAGCAAAUGUCACCCUUCUUAGUAUUUUUCUUUUGUACAGAUCAAAUUCCAGUGUGACAAUAACCUCUUUUUGACUUAUACCUCUGCAGCAGGAUUUUUUUCCCCCUUGUUGGACAUGUGCAUUUUUAUCUUCAACCCCAAUUGUCCACAGCAAGCUAAAGAUAAUUAAAUGAAAUCAUAAUUGUAGUCAAGUAACAGAUGGAGGGUUGCCCAACCUUAAUUUGAAAGAAGGCCGGGCAGGAUAAUUCAAUGCAGGUGCUCAGUUUUAUUUUAGGGCUUACUGCUUGCACAGUUGCUUCUUUUUGAAGUCACAAUCAGGGUUACACAGGACUAAUUACAGGGGUAUAAGGCUUGACGUCCGAUCCAGCUUGCACCCUUCCAAAGAUGAGAGAUGCAAAACUAUAAUGUGAACAUCACUGUUUUGAAAUUAUUACUUCAUUCUCCUGUCGUAGCUUUUACUUUCUAAGAACAACUUUUUUUCUAAAAAUAUGGUAUGUGUUCAUGUGAAUUAUUUUUGCAAUAAUGUAUGCACAUGUAUACUGAACUGUAGACUGAACUUUGAUGUACACAGAAAUACAGUGAAUAUAGUGCUUUCGUUCUGUUCCAUUUGAAUUCAGAUCAGGUGUCUUUGAUCUGUUGAUAUAGCACAUCUGUCUCAACUAUAA